CGUUCAACUCUUCAAAGAUUGGACCACAUCACUUCUCACCUUUCGGCAGGAGGGCUCGCCGUUAUAAAUCCUAUUUUAAGACAAUUCAUAAAAACAAUCACCAAUCACGGUACCCACUUCGCCUGUCGUAAUCAGCAGGUCUAUAUACCGCAUGGAUUGUUAAUUCUCUUCUCUGCAAAAAUCUAUAAAUCUGCUAGGUUUAUCCGUCAAGGACCAUCCAAACUAGCAGCAAUGCGUGUCUUUGCCCUUCUCCCUUUGUAUUUCCUUGCGGUUACGGUCAGAUUUCUCCAGACCAACAGUCAUUCUUCAGCAAUGUCUGGCCCUCCGGCCCAGGACAAAUUAUAUCUUCUCAACUCCCGGACCAAGAGCUCACAACGAUGCUCAACGAGAUCGACCCAGCGCGGAUCCAAGCGAUCAUCGAAAAGCUUGUCUCCUUCGGUACCCGAAACACACUCUCGAACCAGACCGACCCCAACCGAGGUAUCGGCGCCGCCAGAGACUGGAUCGCCAGCGAGAUGCGCGGGUUCGCUGCAGCUUCUCAAGGACGCAUGACUGUCACAGUCCCGAGCUACGUCCAAGAACCUGCGUCUAGCAUACCCACGAGCACGGUCAUAAGCAACAUCAUCGCCACACUCCACGGAUCCUCUGACCCGGGGCGAGUAUACGUCGUUUCGGGACACUACGACUCUCGUAACUCGGACGUUGAUAACUUUAUCGAUGAUGCACCAGGGGCUGACGACGAUGGGAGUGGUGUUGCUGUUUCGAUGGAGCUUGCGAGGAUAAUGGCGACUCGUAGUCCAGCCGCGACGAUCAUGUUUGCCGCGGUGGCUGGUGAAGAGCAAGGGCUGUACGGGAGUGCCUUUAUGGCAGAGCAGUUGAAGAAUAAUUCGACGAUGGACGUGCAAGGGAUGCUUGAUAACGACAUUGUGGGAAGUUCGACAGCGGAUGAUGGCACUAAGGAUCCGUUCAACAUCCGGAUGUUCGUGCAAGGUAUCCCGCCGACAGACACGUCCAGCGAGGUAACGGCUCGUGUCAAAGUUGGGGGCGAGAGCGACACUCCUGCAAGAGAGCUGGGCAGGUUCGUUGCUGAUGUAGCCUCUAACGACGUCACGAACAUGACAGUCCAAAUGGUAUAUCGCCCCGACCGGUACCUACGAGGCGGGGAUCACCUCUCUUUCCUCCGAAACGGAUUCCCUGCCGUCCGGUUCACCGAACCACAUGAGAACUUUGCGCACCAGCACCAGAACGUCCGCGUCGUGAACGGAGUUCAAUUCGGGGACCUUGUAGAGUUUUGUGAUUUCGAGUUCAAUGCUCGAGUGGCGAAGGUUAAUGGAGCAGUGCUGUGGUCUCUUGCGCAGGCUCCGGGGACGCCUAAGAACGUCGCUAUUGAUACUAGUCAGCUCACGAACAAUUCCACGUUGAGCUGGACGUUGGAUAGUAACGCGGCUGGGUAUGAGAUAGUGUGGCGUCCUACGGAUCUGUCCUCCUGGACUCAUGUUAUACCGGUGGGAAAUGUUGCGCAGGCCACGGUCUUGUUGUCGAAGGAUAACGUUGAUUUCGGAGUUCGGGCAGUUGGAAGUAACGGAUAUCGAAGCCCCGCUGCUUUCCCGUUCAGUCAGGUACCAUAGGCUUGCUUGUUCAACGUUCAACGUUUAUCAAUGUAACACAUACGCUUGUCUUGGUCUUAUUCAACCUUGCAUGUCAGGCAUA